GCAGACAGCUCGAGCCAAGAUGGAGCAACAGAUGGUGCUGUUGUCUGGCGAUCAAAUGGAACGGCUCCAGUUCCGAAGGACCUGGCUGCAGCGCUUCACCAGCCAUUGGAUCUAUGAGAACGUCAUGAGUUUCUUGAUCGUGGCCAAUUCAUUGAUUUUGGGCCUUCAAGUUCAGGUGCUUGCACAAGAUGCGGCUAAGCACGCAGCACAGAUGCGGGAGCUCCCUGAGCCCGCGUUUGAUGUGUUUUUUGCAAUGCACUGGCUUUUUUGUAUUGCCUUUAGUAUCGAUUUGACACUUCGAUGGUGGGCUGAUGGAUUCUGGGAUUUUUUUCAAGGUGUCGAUGCUGGUUGGAACAUCUUUGACAUUUUUGUCGUGGCCUUCGCGAUCGUUGGUGUCAUUGUGGACACCGCCUUUCUCUCAUCAGGGAGCCCGACGUCUGUUUUGAACUCGCGACGCAGCUUCACGACGCUGCGGGUGCUACGCGUAGUGCGAAUCAUCCGUGUCUUGCGAGUGGUUCGCAUGCUGACUUUUUUCCGCGAGCUGCGGAUGAUGAUCCAUUCGACAAUUGGCUGUUUCAAAUCCGUCUUCUUCGUGAUGGUCCUUUUUGGCGCUUUGCUUUACAUCUUUGGCAUAGCGUUCACCAGCGCAUUCAUUGACCAUAUGGCGGAAUUGUCCAUGUGGCAGGACACCAAAUAUGCUGAUCUUAUCGAGUUCUUUGGAACAGUCACACUUUCUGGCCUCUCUCUCUAUCAGGCAAUGUCUGGUGGCCGAGACUGGCAUGUGUUCUUCCAAGCAUUGGAAACCAUGGAGGGUCAGGCGGGGCGCUGGCCUGGCCUGAUGCAAGCUGGUGCAUUGCAACUGGACAACGGAUGGGCUAGAGCAAACAAGCACAUAAGAAAAUAUAAGAAAGCAUAUAUCGCAAGGGAAGUUUAG